AUGACAUCAAUCACACCACCACCUCAAAUUCGUACCAAAGGGAAAUUACCCUCUUCAUCACCUUCCUCAGCAAGACUACGUAGAAUAGCACCUUCUCCUGUUAUGAUUCCAUCCACCAAAUGUAAUACCUCUCCGAGAAUGAUUAAAAGGGGUAACCAUGUGGCUUUGACUGCUUUAUCAAAUUCACCUUCUUCUUCUACCUCAUCAUCAUCAUCUUCAUCGUCUUCAUCAACGACGCAAAAGUUAACAACACGAGGAUCCACACAGAGAAAGAGGAGAGAAUCUGUAUCUGUAUCUGUAUCUGUCACAGAACACGAUGAGGAGUCUGAGAUUGAAUUCGAAUUUGAAUUCGUUCCUUUAGAAUUGGUCAUCCUAUCUUCACCUGACACUCAAAUCCGAACUUUAUUCCAAAUGUUAGAAUCUUCAAGAUCAGCCUCUUCGAACACGAUCAAUUCCACUAAUAACAAAUCAAACAUGAAGAGAAAGAAGAAGAAGGACACUUCGAAAGAGGAGUCCUGUGAAAUUGUUGAGAUACCAUUGAUAUUUGAUUCAAGAGGUGAAUUCGGUACAUUGGCUUAUGAGUCGAAUUUGAAACAGAUCGGAUUGAAUGUACCCCCAUGCGAGGAUUCAGAGGAUAAUGGUAUUGCAAGUCCAAUUUCAAGCCCAACUAAAAAGAGGAGAUUAGGUCCAAGUACUACCGUAUCAACCCCCCAUUCCACAAAUGGUUCGUCUGGGGAUCUUACGAUGAAAUCAAGAAGAAGAUCAGGAUUAUCAUUACUCACACCCAAGAGAUAUUUAGCGCAAUAUCAACCUUCACCUAUCCUGAUCCAAUUUAGAGAAGAUAUAUUUGAUUGUAAAGGUAGAGAAGCAAUAUGGGUAAAUUCCAAACCUGAUGAAUCGACUCCAAGACCCACCACAACUAAAUACACUACUACUAGUAUCAUCGGUGAUGAUUCAUAUAAAAAUCAAGCUGAAGAUAUUGGUAGAACACAAAGAGCAGAUAGUUCAAACUCAUUCGCUACAUUUGGUCAUGAUCCUGAAAAUCAACGAGAACAGAAUCUCUCAAUGAGACAGAACGAUCAGGAUCUGAACCUAGAUCAAGCCCAAGAUCAGUACCAAGAUGAUAAUUGGUCAUUCACAUUAUCAGCCUAUGAAGAUUCUGACGGUAAGAAAAUAAUCAGAAAAGAUAGUUUUUUCGCUUCUUCUUCUAUCAUCAGCAACAACAAAGAUGAUCAAUCGGACCUAUCACUAAACACUCUUAUACCUUCAACGAAACUUGAUAUCUCCUUUGAUCUACCUUCGAUCCCUAAUGACAGAUUGACGUUUGUUCCGCCACAUCUGGACUCGAGUUUAAUGACGAUUGACUUCGACUCUCCUUCAUCAGAAACGUUGAUCACUCCACAGCCGCCAAGUCACAGGACGUGGCCUCCGCGAUUGCUUGUAGUUGACCAUGAAAUGGAAGCUACUCCUACACCCAAGAAUCCUAGACCUGUUUCGAAAAUCCAACUGGCGCAAGAGAGUACACCGAAUAUGCUAAUGCCACGAGUAGCUCAACCACAGAAUGCGGAAACUGGAAGAAUAGAAGAAGGAGACGGAGUUGAACGAGCUCUGAAAAAUAUCGAUAAAGCAAUGACGAUUCAACUUUGGAUAGAUCAAGAAGGGACUAGGGAACAUAAAAGCUCACUCAAGUAUAUGAGAUCAAUCAAACCUUCAGUAUUUCGUGAAAGAGAAGAAAAGGCAUUACAGCAAGCUGCGAUAUGGUGUGAAAGUCCUACUCGACCUGAAAAUUUCCAACAAUCAGGCUGUUGGGAGUUUGGUAUGGAUCCUAAAGAAAGAGAUAAAUGGUAUUUCCAUCAUGCUGCACUGGAAGGCUUACCCGUUCUAAGAAGAUUGACUAUAAACGGAGAUGAUAAAUAUGAUUUCUUAUCUCGUGGCGCAACGUUACAAAUCAAAGAACCUGGAGUUUACAGUGUUUGUGGACAAGAAGAUCGAGGUAGAUCAGAAUGGAAAUUCGAAUAUUUAGUUCAACAUAAAAUCUCACUAAAUACAGGCGAGGUCGUACCUAAUGAGCGGAUCAUCGUCCCACUUGGUUUAUACGUCUCACCAAACUUUUUCAAUCAUGAUCGAGCAUUGAAGACAAGUUUACUGAACCUUUUCAAGAAGUCUCUAGCAUCAAAUAUCAUGAGCGAGAAAGUCAGACCACCACACAUUGGUAGACCGCCAUUGCCACUGCUGCCUUCCGUGCCUACUCCAACCGCCGUCGACGAUAUCGUACCAACACCGACUGCUGUUCCUGUGAUAUCAUCCGCAAUGAAGGAGGAGAACGUAAAUCAAGGCAGGAAGAGAGCUCAAACACAAUCUCAAACUCUCAGUCAUGGUCAAACGACUCAAGUCAUAUCGCACUCACACGCUAGAUCAGUCAGCAGAACUUUUGGUGCUAUUGCAAAAGCUGUAGUAGGAAUAACGUCAACCACACCUACACAAUCACAUCACAAUCAUGCUCAAAACGACUCGCAUACAAAUCAAUCUAGACCACCUACACCAGGCAACAACACUAGUAGCAAUAUUAACAGACCUUCUUCAGCAGGUAUUGGGAUUAGUAUUGGAGUACAUAAAUUCGGUACCAAACCAGCCACGUUUGGGAAAACUGGAUCAAGAGCCAGGACUCCUACCGGAACAAAUAUCACUGAUCCUGUCCUAGGGGGAAUCACACCAGGAGGAGAAUCGAAUGAUUAUGAUAAAAAAGAUGGUAAAAUAAAAGGUAGAAAAAGAGCUACUAGUCUAUUCUCGAAAUCGAGACCUUUCACCCCACCUGUGAAUAUAACGGAAUUACAUCCUAUACCUACUAUAGGUUUAAGAUCUACUCCUACAUCUACUCCCAAUCCGUCCUCAGCUUCUGUUUCGCUUCCUGCUUCUAUGCCCAUUGCCCUCAAUCCAAAUGGGACUGGAAACUUAUCAAUACCGUUGCAAAUGAAUAAUCACACUUCAAUCUCAUUACCACUUCAACAGUCAGGGACAGCUUCCAAACAACAGAAUACCAGUCUCAAUCAACUUCAUAUUCAACGAAACCGUUUGUCUCAUCAAGGCCAUUACCAACAACCUCAUCAUCAACCUCAUCAUCAACCUCAUUAUCAACCUCAACAUCAACAACAUCAUCAACAACAUCCUUUCCUUCAUCCAAUGUACAAUUCACCAUCACCAGCACCCAGUUUCUCUUCUCUGGGUUUAGGUCAGGCUUCACCUACACCAAGCUCGAUGAUCAUCACUCCUGUAGCUACCCCUUUGUUAUCGAGAUCAUCAAGUAUAACAUCCCGUUCAAGACCAAUCAUCGCUUCCUCAGGGCAGAACCUAGAUUGCAGAGAGAUAGGCUUAGGGAAAAUGAACGGAUUGACACCGGCCCCGAGGAAUGGAACAAGAGGAAUCAGGAAAAGACCUUCUACAGCUGAACCUAGAUUAGGAAUGCGGUAG